AUGUCUACGACGCACCCUACUAAUAUAACCACUGAGUGGGACGACUUGCAGCGCAAGCACGGCAACCUGCCGAAGAUUGAAAUCCCCGAAACAAAUGAGGUCCGCGACGCCCGGCUUGUGGAAGUCGCCGAGCACGAGCUCAUGCGGGAGGCGCGCCUCGAAGCGUGGAAGAAGAAGGUGCAAUCGAGGAAGCAGGUUACGUUUGGGGUCCCCGUCACGAUCACCGCGGACAACUUCAUCCGCGAGGUUACCAAUGCAUCCAAGGCAACAGAUUGCGCGUCCAAAGAAGACAGCGAUGAUGGAGAUGGUCCCCAAGAGGGCUGUGGUCCAAACGCUGCACCAUCGCAGCCCGAUCUGCUGUCUACCGCUGGGCAAUACAUCCCAGUGCUGCUUACAGACGACCGGAAGGAAUCAGUGUACCUGCGGGAUGCGUGGAAUGAACUUGCUCGCCGACAUCCAACUGUGAAAUUCGCAAUCGGAAAUGCUGAUCGAGUCCUGCGUGCGGAGGGUAAGGCAGUGAAAGCACCGUCAUCGAUUCUGCUUUAUUUCGGCGGGAAAUGUAUCAUGCAGAAGCCCGCACUUAGCAUAUUCCAAGGGCUGACAUACGAUAUUUCUGGUGAUAAAGUGGAGUGCCGCAUCGCAUCGUCCCUCGAAAUACUCCUGAAUAGCGUUUCUGGGCACGGAGCUUUCCUGAGGCAGCAAAUCAAUUGUUCCACAUCGGAUUCCGACUCCAGUUCGGACAAUGAGGACGACCGAGCAUUUAGAUCGGCGGGUAAGGCGUUUCAGCGUGACUUCUUAUCGCAAAUCACGGGUGGCAAAUCCCGUGUUAGAAGGGAAUCAGAUUCCGAGUCUGACCGUGACGUCGGUAAAACGUAUACAUCGUGGGUGUUCGAUCGCGCUUUCAGAUAA